AUGCUGACGAAUCAGAUGAACAAACGGCUGGAGAUGAUAGAAUGCGACAUCCGCAAAGACAUCCGCCAAGGUUUCGUGGAUAUGCAGACAGACAGAUCAGAGCUUAUCUCCAGCACUGGAGCCAUACCCUUCCUGGAUUACAAGCAUUUUGCUUCUAGAAUUUUCUUUCCAGAGGAUGGACCUCUGGCAACGAGCAGCAGGACCAGAGCUGCAAGAGCGCUGUCCCACCUGAUCCGAGACCCGCUCUUCCUCGUCUCCUUCGUCCACACCCUGGAGGAGCAGAAGAACUUCAUCAUCAAGGACAAGUGUAUGGUGGCGUCUCUGUUGACCCUGGCCCUGCACGAUGACCUGCCCUACCUGACGCAGGUGAUGGAGCAGCUGCUGGUGUCUCUGAUGGAGCAGCCCAGUAACGCUCAUCCCAAACUGCUUCUGCGCCGCACAGAAUCCAUCGUGGAGAAGCUGCUCACCAACUGGAUGUCCGUCUGCCUCUACGGCUUCCUCCGGGAGUGUGUGGGGCAGCCCCUGUACCUGCUGGUGUGUGCGCUGACGGAGCAGAUCAGUAAGGGUCCGGUGGACUCGGUCACAGGGAAGGCCCUCUACACUCUCAGCGAAAACGACCUCCUGUCGCAGGCCCAAGACUUCAGCCCUCUGAAGCUGAACGUGCUGUUUGCGGUGGGAACGGAGGGCGAGGUGAGCGAGCCGCUGGACGUCUGCGUUCUGGACUGUGACACGGUGGAGCAGGUGAAGGAGAAGAUCCUGCUCACCUUCCACCGCAAGUUCGGCUUCCGUUACACCCAGCAGCUCCAUGACAUAGACAUCGAGUUUGAGCAGUCAGGAUGCUAUGUUGCACUACAGGAAGUGGACAGCAGCUCGGAGAUGAUGGGGGAAGUCACCAUGCUCAACACCCUCAAACAUUAUAGGAUUCCUGAUGGGUCGACUAUCAAGGUCAUCACAAGGAAAGUUCAAGUUCCCAAAAGCCCUACGCUCAGUUUCAAAGAGGAACCUGAUUUUCAAACCAAGUACUUUCACCUGAUUGACCCUGAGCUAGCGGACAACAAAAAUUCACAGGGAAAAAAGCUCAAGGUUAAAGAGGUUUAUUUGACAAAGCUGCUUUCUACCAAGGUGGCUGUGCAUUCAUAUGUAGAGAAUCUCUUCAAAACCAUCUGGGGCACAUCCAACAACAGGCCGCCGCACGCUGUCAAGUACUUCUUUGACUUCUUGGACUCCCAAGGAGAAAACAAGAAUAUCAGCGACCCUGACGUGCUGCACAUUUGGAAAACCAACAGCCUGCCUCUGCGCUUCUGGGUGAACAUUCUGAAGAACCCCCAGUUUGUGUUUGACCUGGAGAAGACGCCUCUCCUGGAUGGCUGCCUGUCUGUCAUCGCUCAAGCCUUCAUGGACUCCUUCUCCCUCACGGAGCAGCAGCUGGGGAUGCACGCCCCCACAAAUAAACUGCUUUAUGCCAAAGACAUCCCUCAGUACAAGCAGGAAGUGAAGGCCUACUACAAGAAGGUGCAGGAACAGCCAGCGCUCAGCAGCCGCGAGUUUAAAGACUUCCUGCAGGAGGAGUCGAAGAAACAUGAAAAUGAGUUCAAUGAGUCGGCAGCCCUCUGUGAAAUCUACAAAUUAAUUCAUCGCUACUUUAACCAGAUCGAGGAGAAACUGGAGCAGACCACUGCCACCUCCAGGCUGAAAGAGGAACUACAGCAAGUGAGGGAGCUGUUUGACAGCAAGAAGAAAAGCUCCUGGGAGUGAAGACAUGCGUCCUAAAGAGCUACUCACUGAUGGCAGGGGAGGGCUCUAACUGACUGUGUUACUGAGGGCCUGUGUCCACACUAAUAUGUUUUAGUUUUAAAACGCAUCACUUUUUGAUACCUGGCAUCCAUACUACCCAAGUCCGGAGUGUUUUGAACGUGCAGAAAUGGAGACCUUUGGAAACAGUGACACAGACACCCAUAUUCACUUCCUGACUGGUUCUUAUCAGUCACAACAUAUCAUUUCCUGAUUGGUCACUUCUGUGGAAGGGUUUUUCCAUUUUCAGGCGUGUUAGUAUGGAUAGAGAUUAUUUCUGAUACGGAGCUAAAACACUUGGCUGGACAGAGAUCUAUUUUAAAAUGCAUAUAUUUUACGUUCAACAGAUAUCGAUAUCGUUUUAAAAUGCCGUUUUUAGUGUGAACGUAGCCUGAGGACUGGACUCAGCAGAAUCAGUGACUCAGGUCUACUGAAAACAAAUCGUUUUUAAUAUUUUAAAGUCACAAUUUAAUAACUUAUUGCUUAUUAAACUGCACACUUUCUAUGUUUUUGUUUGUCUGUCUCUCUCUCUCUAACUUUACCUUCAUACACACACACUCGCACACUAUAUAUGAUAAUGGCCUGUUGAGAGUUUACAUUUUUUAUACAUGAAUAGUAUGGUCUCUCCAUGGUCAUAUCUGUGGUAUAUGUACACAUAUAUGUAUGUGUGAUGUCUAUGGUCCAAAGAAAUACUACAGUGGCAGCUUUCCAAAGUUUAAGUCAAGUUGAAGUUUAGGGAUGUUGUCCAUAGUCAGCUGUCUGCUCUGGACUGCUCCUGCUAGAGGGACUACACACACUGUGUAAGUGUAAGGUGUUUUUGUCUAAACUAAUUUGUAAUUAUCCACUCAUCUUUGCUACUGUGAUGGAACAAUCUGCAGCGCUAUUUUGUUAUUUUUAUGGCCAAUUUGUAAAUUCAUUAACAUAAGCAUGUAAAUAAAUUGUGACUUAACAUUUA